AAGGAUGGAAUGUGGGGCAUGAACUAUGAACAUUCAGCCGGCGAAGGUCCAGCAAUUUUCAUCACCUUCGAGGAACUGACAGAAAAAGUCGAUGCCAUGUCGCCGCCCGAGGAAAAUACGGUGCCAUCGCAUUUACCUGCGCCAGAGAAACUCGAGUGGCAUCUAUCUGAACAAAGUCUCAGCGACAUCAGGGACGCAAUGAUAUCUUUUGACGCGCUAGUGGAGGAUCUGGACCUCUGUAUAUUGUGGUUCCAAGAAUACUCGAAGGACUUCAUAAAAUCCCACAAAAUUAGCCCGGACGUUUACAUACAAUUGGCAUUGCAAUUUACACACUUUAGGCUGCAUGGGAAUUUAGUAGCAACUUACGAGAGCGCAGGCAUCCGAAGAUUCGCGCUAGGAAGGGUGGAUUGCAUCAGAGCAGCCAGUCCGGAAGUUCUUGCCUGGGCGAAGGCCAUGUGCCAAGGGGACCCUGAAAGUCAGACCACGAAUCAGCAGAACAGCACUCAAGACGAAGGCACCAAAAGAGUUCAGUUCACCAUUUACAGUCAAGAGAGGAUCAAGGAGCUGUUCGACUUGGCGGUGCAAAGGCAGACUAAGGAAAUGACUGACAACAUAAAUGGUUAUGGAAUUGACAACCAUUUAAUGGGUCUUCGCUACGCCGCACAGGAAGCCGGAGAACCGAUCCCGGAUAUUUUCACUGAUCAGGCUUAUAAGAUCGUCAAUCAUUUCGCUCUUUCAACGUCACAGGUAACUUCGAAAAACGAAGCGAUCAUUGGAUACGGCCCGGUGGUGCCAGACGGUUAUGGUUGCGCUUACAACAUGAGAAACAACGGCUUCAUAUUUUCCGUAUCUGCUUUUCACAGCGACGGCAGAACGAACGCGACACGUUUCGCACAAACGCUCGAGCAAAGCUUGCGGGACAUGGCGAGCAUGCUAGACAGAUCGAAUCAGAGAUAAACAGAGAGGCGACAAAGGCGUUAGAAUCGCACAAAAAAAAUGGAAAGUAUUAAACUAGCAGUUAGAAAUAAUAAUUAUUUAACUCCCGAGUGUGGAAAAUCAUAUCGAGGCGAAGUGUAUUCGAGCUUGUCUGUGAAAGUAUUUAUCAUAGUGUGGCGUAGCAAGCGAGAUGAUUACACGCUAGACCUAGUUCUAUUCCUAGACUAGACCUAGGCUAUUCAUUGUAAUUCGAGUUAACACGAUUUACUAGAUAUCGCUGAUUCGACAUACUCUCUAAAUUAAUGAAUAGAAAAAUACCGACGCGAAGGUAAAACGAACCUUUUGUCAAAAAACUAUCAUCGUCCAUCCACUAGGUCCAUAUUGAACAAUCUCGUUCAAUUUCUCGAUGAACGCGCAUCGCAGCUAACAAUUUUAACAUCGUCGUCGUGAACUGUAGCAGACGAAUUUCCUUCACAUUUCGCCGAUAUUUCGCGCUUCGUUCUUUUUGUUUUCGCGAAUACCUAUACAUGUUCGUGAUAUGAAUACAUAAUACGGCGAAUGAAAUUAUUAUAGAUUGUGCCAUUUGAAAGUUUCAUUCAGUCCGUGAUAUUAAUGUAAAUCAUCCAUCAUUUUUCUAUUUUAACUUAAAAAACAGCCUGUCAUCUCGAUUUUAAGUUACUGUGAUAAUUUGUUUCCUUCCAUUAACGGUGACAUUGUUCCAUCAGCAUUCCUCUCGAACUUCCCAUCGAAUGGCACAAUUUAUUUUACACACAAGUACUAUAAAUUAGGAAAUGAAAGGAGCCUUCUAUUACGAGCAAUACAUAGAAAUAUCGCAUUCGUCUUACUCGUUAUUACAAUUACUGGCGUAACGUACAUAUCUAAAAGAAUCUGCAUGAUUGGUCAUUUAAUCGUUAAAUAAACUUAAA